UGUAUAAAAUAUUUUUUGAUUGUACCGUAUUUGUUUUUGAUUUAAAAUUAACAGUAAAUAUGUUUCGAUUAUUUAAAACGGAAAAAGAAUACCCGUGGAAAGAAAACAACUGUAGUGAUAGUAGAAGUGAUUUAACAGAAAGUAAUGGCAAGAAGAAAAGUGAUAAGGACAAUGAUAAGAAAAAAGAUGACGAGAAAGAAAACGAAGAGGAAAGAAAAAAAGAUGAAAACCAUCAAAAAUAAGAGAAUGUUCCAAGAAAUAAAAUGCAAGAAAUGCCGUAAAACCAUCUUUAGCCCAGAUCAAAUCAAAACUAACCUAAUUUUAAAUGCUCAUGGUCAUCCAAUGGACAAUUCUAGAGUUUGUGAUAUUGACGUUGAAGAAACCAAUGUAUUUAUAAAUGACGAGCACCUUCCUAGUUGGAUAAAAGAUCGAAUCGAAGCUGAAGAAUGGUCUAAAGGUAGAAUUAAUUGCCCUAAUUGUGAUUCAAGAAUUGGUAGUUUUGAUUAUGUGUCUGGACAAAAGUGUGCGUGUUUUACUAAUUUGUUGCCUCCUAUUCAUUUUAUAAAAAGUAAAAUAGAUUUAAUCAAAAAGUAACA